CCACGCGAUAUCCUCUGCUAUGCGUCCGUUCCUGUCGCGGGCGCUCCCGACGCUGCUACGCGAGUGUCACCUCGUCCGCGGAUCCUCCUCUCGGGACCCGCGACUCGUCGCAUCGCGCGGGACGUCGCGCCACUGCGUUGCCGCCAGCUACCCCGCGAGCGACCGCAGGGGCACGACCAUCUGCGCCCUGUCCUCCGGUCACGGCAAGUGCGGCGUGGCAGUGAUGAGAAUGUCGGGUAGCCGGUCUCUGGAGGUGCUGCAGAAGAUGACGAGCAUAUCCAAGCUGGAACCGAGGAAGGCCUACCUGCGAAAGAUACGCGAUCCGGAAACGGGCGAGGUCAUCGACAACGGGCUCUGCUUGUGGUUUCCCGGUCCGCGCUCGUUCACCGGCGAGGACUCCGUGGAGUUUCACGUGCACGGCGGACCGGCGAUCCUGACGCGGCUGAUGCAGGUCCUCUCGAGGCUGCGGGUGCAUCCGGCGCUGCCGGGCGAGUUCACCAGACGCGCCUUCUACAACAACAAGCUGGACCUGACGGAAGUGGAGGGCCUGGCCGAUCUGAUAGAGGCCGAGACCGAGUGCCAGAGGAAGCAGGCGUUGUUGCAGGCCGACGGUGUCCUACGCAAGCUGUACGACGGCUGGCGGAAGGUGCUGUCGGAGGCCGUGGCGAGUAUCGAGGCGUACAUAGACUUCGGCGAGGAGGAGAACAUCGAGAGCGACGUGAUACAGAACGCGCGUCGCGCUCUCAGACUGCUGACGCGGGAUCUGGAGGGCCACCUGGCCGACGGCAGGCGCGGCGAGAUCCUGCGCAGCGGCGUGAGGACCGUGAUCGUCGGCGAGCCCAACGUGGGCAAGAGCAGCCUGUUGAAUCGCUUGGUGCAGCGAAACGCUGCCAUCGUCACGCCGAUCGCCGGCACCACGAGGGACGUCAUCGAGCUGACCGCCAACAUUUCGGGCUAUCCCGUGCUGAUAGCGGACACCGCCGGUAUCACGGAGGACACCGGGGACAUCGUCGAGGCCGAGGGUGUCCGUCGAGCGAGGAGCCACGCGGAGAACGCCGAUUUCGUCGUCGUCGUCGUGGACGCGCUCAAGUGCGCGACCAGCGGCAUCACGUACGAAGACUACGUGCGCGAGUACUCGGCGUCGCUGGGGAUACGGGAGCUAUUGGCGAGAAUCGGGAGGGAACGUUUCGUCGUGGUAGCGAACAAGAGAGAUUUGCUGAAGGAGAACGAGGCGCGGCGCCUCGACGGCGCUGAAGCGGCUCUGAUAUCCUGCACGACGGAGGAUGGCUUCCAGAACUUGCUGCGAACGCUGGCGGACCGCUUCAGUAAUAUAUGCGGCGACCCAUCCGCGGAGAGUCCGACCAUCAGCCAGGCGAGGCACAGAAAUCACUUGACGCAGUGCUCGAGGCAUCUACACAACUAUUUCGAACUGUGCGCCAACGAGCAGCACGACGUGGCGAUAGCGGCCGAGGAGAUUCACAAAGCGAUGCGAGAACUCGGGAGGAUAACGGGACACGUCAGCACGAAUGAAAUAUUAGACAUUAUAUUCAAAAACUUUUGCAUCGGCAAAUGAAGCGCUGCUACCUGCAUAUUUCAAACCGCGGAUCGUAAUCACCCGUACAGCACGCAUGUCUAAAAGAUGUCUUAAAGAUGCAAUGCUAAAAAUUGUUAUCAUGAAAGAUACGUGGAGCAUCGGUCCUACAAAUGCUGGUAUAAAGAGACUAGAGUUACAAAUCGGAAUUAUCUCUGUGCACGCGUGCGUAAAUAUUUCACGCUCUUCUUUUUGAAGAGAUCUAGCACGGUUGCAGACAGCGUGAAGUAAAGCGAAUGGAAGGAAGAGGACCUUCAUAAGCAUCGUAUGUUUAUUAACAAUGUUACACGCACAAUCAUACAUAGAACAACCUUUUGCCUGAUUAUAAGAUAUCGAUACCCUACGCGUUAUACACAGAUAGGGCUCCGUUACGUGGUUUCAAGUCGUUAUCUGUAUGCCAUGUCCGUGUUAUGUGGUAAUUGCAUCUCGUUACUAUGACGUUUUAUCAUAAUAACUCCGCUCGCUCUCGCACAAAAGGAUAAUUUCACUUGGCGAAAUAACGAAAGUAAAACAACUCGAUUGAAGAAAAGAAAAAGAAAUUAAAUGCAUAUAAAAAUUUACUUCUUAUGACUCGAUUUCUGACACACGUCUGACAAAUCUGCGGUACUCGGAAUAAAGAACGCGGUUCCCUAUUCGGGGGGGAAAAAAACGGAAGAAAAAGGAGUUGUGUUGCGAUUGACCAUUAUAAAUGGUAUCAUUACAAAGUCCAUUAUGCAACUGCUAAUGUAAUUUUUCGCACUCUAAUCAUGCUUACCGUGUUAAUUUCAUUUUUACACAGUGACAGCGUCCAAAUUUUAACAAAUAUAAUCUUUUUUUUUCUUAUAUUUGCACGGUGACUCCUCGUCUCCACCCGUUCAGGGAUUAAAUUCAAUUCGCGUGACUCGUUUGCGAGUCACGAAAAUUUUAUGCGCGUAGCGAGAGGCCACCAACGAACGUGCUGUUAAUAUAGUAUGAUCAGUCCAUGUAAAGAAAUCGAAUGGCUUAUAAAUAUAUAUAAAGAUUUGGCGGAUUCAUCACGCGACUCAACACGCCGCGCAGGAUUCGUCGCUUAUCCCUCCCUCUUCUGUGGUGUCUUUUUAAUAUAUAUGUAUAUAUAUAUAUAUAUAUAUCAUAUAAAUCCGAUGUGUAGAAUCCCCGCAGAGUAGAUUGCUCGUUUGUACAAUUGCGUAGAAUAGUUUCGAGACCUAUUCGAAAGCAAACUGACUCGCGCUGCACGUCCGAGACGCAUUUAUUACGUUGUAGAUCGUUUUCAUUUUCUAUCUACACGUGUUCUACUUUCUUUCACCCAAUUUUAAUAUAUAAAGCCUUAAGUUAUUGCGCGAGCUCGUCCGGUCUCACAAGGAAGCUAAAGCUUCGCCGCGCCUUGUUUCUCUCUUCCUCCUCUUCCCCCGCGAGACCGGACCGAUCACGCGCAACAGAUUUUUGUAAUCCUUAAAUGCUACUAACGUUGAAAUCUCGCCCAAUUCUUGCGCGCGACGAAAAAUCAUAGUAGAAUUUAAAGAUUAGUGCGAACCUAGUGAACCGCAAUCGAGCACAUCCGUCGGACGAAAAAGAAUUCAUGCGCGAGUAACGCAAACUCGCGACUAAAACAUAAACGAGAAAGAGAGUAAGUACAAAGAUAUAUAACAUCCUUUCACAUGCUGCCUCGAAUAUACAAUAAUCCAAUGUAAAUUUUUAUCGAAGAAAUCGGAACGUUACUCGUUCAAUAUAAAAAUAUAUAAUAUUCCUUUGCAUUUCAAGAGAAUAUAAUAACCGAACGCUUGCAUUUUUAUCGAGUCGUCCGUAAAUCCUUACCAGAGAAGUUGACGAGUAGACAAUCAGACCGCGGAUGUGAAAAUUGAGAAUCGAAAAUCAAUCGCAAUUUAUACUUGAACAAUACCACACUUGAGAGACCGAGUGCUCGGUUCGGGACCACGUACGGAUGAACGCGAGCGGUUCACAGAAGGUCCUACCGUGGCAGAUACGAACGAGAAAAAGAGAAGCGAAAGAAAGUCCGUCGAGGAUCGAGUCGAAGACUCGUCGAUUCCUUCUCUCGUCCCUAAAUGAUCCACGACCUUACAUCGGAGUAAACGUCCACAUUCGUCCAUUUCACUCCCAAUUCUUUCUCCAUCUAACACGUCCCUCGUACGACGGCGGAGGAUACGAGAGAAGAAAAGCGACGGUGGAGGGUGUAGCGGACCGAACCGAAAUUCGCGUAAUAAUUUAGCUUGAUAUGAAAGGAGAGGUGAAAGAAUGUAGAACGAUGCAUGGUGAAAACGAGAAAGUGAUAAGUUUCGAAAGUGCAACGCGGGUCAAGUUUCUUUACAUGUAUCUCUGCAUCUUUGACUGACCAUACUAUAUCGAGGAACGUAGCUAAAUUCGUUUGCGAUUCACGAAAUGCGCGUUGGUCCACUAAGACCACUUCCCGAGUCCUAAAAUGAUUCUGAAGACCCGUUUUGUUUUAAUUUACUUUCAUUGAUAUUUUUCCCCCUUUAUCUCUUUUAUUUUAGGAAAGAAAAAUCUGUUUUCGCUCUCUUACAUCUAAUUUUUAUCGACGCGAGUAUAAAAGAGAAGCAACCGCUCACCAGUUAAAGGGAGAACACGAUAUAUAUGGUGGAAGUUAAAAUAAAACAAAGAAAUGAUCGAGACUGAUGAAAUACUCGGAUUAUUUUCGGGACAGGGAGAUGAUCUUUCUGCACCAACGAAUGGGAAUGGGAAUGAAAGAAUCGAACCGAAGGCGAAGAGCCCUCCGUUCGAUCCGCGAUAGGCCUUUUACUUGUUCGCUUUUCUCUUCUCGUAUCCUCGCUCGUUAAAGGCGCUAAGUUUGACGAUAAUUAGAUUAUCGCGAGCGUCCACCCAGCAAUUCGUUGAACGAGGAGAACAGCGCUGCUGAAAUGAUACAAUUAACUUUAACAGCAUGCUGAUUGUAUUUGAGACGUUAAAAAUUCAGUUUCGAUUUCGCGAGAUCGUUCAGGAAAGCUCCGUGGAGACCGAUUCACACCGAUCGUUUUCACUCACUGCGAACUCCGACGAAGUGAAAUAUUGUCAACAUUUCUCUCGCACCCGUUUCUUUUUACUAAUAGCGCACAGAUGUACGCCGCAUAAAAGUGAGAUGUGCACGUCAAGAUCAAUUUGAAAACUCAUCGGUUUUGUGAAACAGUAUAAUACACGACUUCAAUUUAUUAUCCCCCAAUCAUUCUUGGAGAGAACCUUUUAAAAAAAACCGCAUGUAUCUCAACGCACAGCUCUGAUAUCUGCGUCGGAAACUCGCUCGUAGAUUUCGGAAAGGUGAUCUGCCUCGAUACCUCUUAUCGAGAAAGGCAGCGCUUGGAGACAUCCGAUCGCAAGUUAUCACACAGGAAAUUAUUUCGGAAGAGAAACUUCAUUAAAAAAAAAAAAAAAAAA